AUGGUCCGGCUCUCUAUCCCCUUAAACAGGUUGGCGCCCCCUACAGACCCCUGGCCGCAACUGCAGGGUCACCUCCUCACCCCCCUCUCGCCACACGGCGGCAGCCAUGGCCGGGUGCGAGUAACGCUGGCUGCCGUCCCCAACUCAACUGGGACUCGAACCCUCGCUCAGAGAGGCUACAUCUCCCUGCCCGCGGAGCGCAAGGCUUCACCGCCGCUAAACCCAGAGCAGGUGGACGGGAUCCUGCGCACGGACGAGUUUGAGUGUGAGCUGGAGCGGGAGUUCCGCGGGGGGACUGUGCUCAGCCUCCACAGCAACCAGCUAGCGGCGAACACCCCUGUGGAGGACCGGCGCACCGCCGCCACCUGCCUGCACACGGGAGGGCUUCUGGUGGGCGUCUUCGACGGCCAUGGUGGCUCCACUUGCGCGCAGGCGGUGAGCGAGCGCCUCUUCGGCUACGUGGCGUCGGCGCUGCUGCCCCAGCACACGCUGCUCAACUUGGAGGCGGCCGCUGAGGCCCGCGAGGCCGCACUGCAGGAGGGCGGCUGGGCCCUGCUGAGCUCCGAGCUGGGUCAGGCGCAGGGCCAGGGCCUGGCGUACCUCCCGGCGCCGCCGGAGCUGCUGCGCUGGCACGGCCCUGCACCUGGAGGCACGGCAAGGACGCACUACAGCGAGAGCCUGCGCACGUUCUGGCAGGAGCUUAUCGACCUGGACAACGGGGAGGGCCUCGGAGUGCGCGACGCGCUCAUCACCGCGUUCAAGAGACUGGACUCGGAUAUCUCGCUGGAGGCGCAGGUGCCGUGGGAGCACCCGUCGCUGGCACGCAAAGCCCGGCGCACGGCCUUCUCGGGCUGCACGGCGUGCGUGGCGCACGUGCACGGGCCUGACCUCCACGUCGCCAAUGUGGGUGACAGCCGCGCCGUGCUGGGCGUGCGCCGCGCCGACGGCUCCUGGAGCGCCCUCUCGCUCACCAACGACCACUCGGCGCAGAACGAGAAAGAGGUCGCCAGGCUGCGUGCGGAGCACCCCAUGAAGGAGCGCAAGACGGUGGUGCGUGGGGGGCGGCUGCUCGGGCUGCUGAUGCCGACGCGCGCGUUCGGCGACGUGAGGUUCAAGUGGAGCGUGGAGCUUCAGCGGCGCGUGCUGGACGAGACGGGCUACGCCGGGCGCCAGUAUUUCUUCCCGCCCAACUACCACACGCCGCCGUACCUCACCGCCAAGCCCGAGAUCACGCACCACAGGCUGCGCCCGCAGGACGAGUUUGUGGUGCUGGCCACGGACGGCCUGUGGGAGGUGAUGCACCGCCAGGAGGUGGUGCGGCUCGUGGGCGAGCACCUGGACCGUGCACCAUCGCGCCCCGCGCACCAGCCGUUGCCACGCGGACGCCCCCUCACGCUCGCCGACAUGCUUGCCCUGCUGCAGGCCCGUAAGGCCGCCCUGGCCCCCACGGACGGCUGGGACCGCAACCCGGCGACGCUGCUGGUGCGGCACGCGGUGGGGCGUGGCGAGUGGGGUGGCGUGGAGCCCGACCGGCUGGCGCGCAUGCUGGCACUGCCCGAGGACAUGGCGCGCCUUCACCGUGACGACAUCACGCUCACAGUGCUCCGCAUGGACACGCACGCCGCCGCACGCUACCACCACCACGCCCGCGACGAGGCCGAGGAUGACGACGAGGACGACGAUCAGAUGAGACGUGCUUAGGUAGGGUCCCUCUGUGGGCCGGCCACCUCGGCUGUUCCAGUGACGGUUAGGCGGUCACGGCCGCUCUGGGCGGGAUGGUGCGGUCGAGAGAUGGAGGCAAACGGUGACCUCGCAGGUGCGACUCAAAAUAAAAAAAAGCGUUGUUCGAACUGUGGAUUUGUACUCGUGCCACUGGUCCUGGGCUGUCUGACACGAGUUUGAAGCUGCAUUCUGCUGCUCCUAUAGUCUGACACCUCCUCCAGCCGUCCGUGCUGUCAUCUUCCUGCCCCUGUUCCAAGUCCAGGUUAAAGAGCCUUUUUUACUCUGCCUAUCACCGACAGCCUCUGUAUAAACAACAUAUAUACACACUGCUUCUGUACAGUGUUUUGAUUUAUAGACGAAACAUAAAUAAUACACAUUGUACAUUUUAUCUGUGAGAAAUGAAGUCGCACAAUUGUAAUUUUAGCACUUUAGUGACAUCACUCUGAAGUCCCUCCCAUUUCAGCGCACCAAUAAAACGACUUGCAGCACGACAAUGCUGUUGCCUGACCGUAACUUUUGAAGACCUUUUUAUCUUGGGAACAAAACGUCAAAACUGUGUCUGACAGCCCAGGAUACGCAGCCUAGGUACGGCUCUACAAUCUCCAUUUAUUAUUUUACUGCGUCUUCCGCGAUGAUGCACACGCACACUCCGUUGGAUGGUUGCACAAGUGGGUAACUGACCAUUUCAGAACAAAGCCAGGAGCGGAGCUGGCGGCUGGUAGUAGUGGUGCAAAACGCAACCAUGGGUGACCCAGCGAUGGCAGCACUGCUACUGCCACCAUGCACGGCCAACGUCGGUGCACAUCGUUAAGGGAAACUAAACCCCCGUGCCGCACAGACCCGAAGAACGUUUAUCGAUGAACGACAAAUGUUGCACUGAGCGCAACUGUCUGUAACGUCACUUUGCCUUUUAGAGGUGUUUUGGAGUUUGUGUUUGAUAUUUUAGCGAGUUUUGUGUAUCGUAAGUGGCACCUUUAAAGCAAAAAGGGGAUCGCAAUGACGACUUCUGAAACGCUGCCGUUUAACACACAACAGUGUAACAAUUGCUGGGAUUUAUCCAAAUUAAACUUUUUUAAGCACGUGUUUUUCGGUAGUGGGUUUGCAGACUUUCGUUUGAAAAUGUUUGCACAGCGUCAGUCUGAAUGAAGAUACAACGCAGAGGGAUGCACGCCACGUCGCGUUCUGCGGUUAUUCAUAUUUAAAGUGGCCGCACAAACUUUACUAUGAAGGCAGUUUGAAUUCUAAUAUUUAUUUUUGUCAUUUGGAUGUGGAUUUGUGUAAAGGUUGGCGAUGCUUAUAAAAUGACGAUGGACUGGUUUACUUGUCUGAUGCAUCCUCGUUUUUUCUGCAUUUUAUAAAGUAACUUUAUUUUUACAUGGAUAAUUGCGAUCCGUGGUGCGUGAGCACAGCAGCAACAACAAA